AUGUUCAACCACUCUUCCACUGAUCAAUAUUCAAACAAUUUUAAUCCUCCCCAAUCUACUUAUCAAUCUUCAACCUCAACCUCAAACCCAAACCCAAACCCAAACUCAAACUCAAAUUCAAAUUCAAAUUCAAAUUCAAACUCAAUAUGGUUAAAUAACAAUAACAACUUUAAUAACCAUAUUACUAAUCAUAUCAAUAACAACAUUAACUCUAAUAAUAUUAACACGUCUUCUAAUAACGAUUUGAAUCGCAACAACUCGAUCAAUAAUGAUCCAAAUAAUAACAUCUUCAAUCUCAAUUUCAAUCUUUCAAAUCUUAAUCACUUUAAUAUUGACUCAUAUCUAAAUACUUCCUCUAGUAAUUUCAAUUCCCCAUCAAAUAACAGUCUAAACUAUAACUCGAAUUUAAACCAAAUCCUUUUUCAAAAUGAUAAUCUUGAUUCUGUUUUAAUUCAAGAAAUCUUCCCCCAUAAUGAUUCGGCUUUAAUUGAUGAUGAAGAUGAAUACGAUAUCACUAAUUGCGGCGAGGAUUAUAUUCCUUCCAGCUUAUCAGAUCUAUUAACUGCUUCUGAGCUAGAAUCAAAGGCUAAACGUUCAAGGCCUGCUUCAUCCUCUCUACUACAAACCUAUAAUUCCCAUAAUAGGUACUCUACCUCCAAUACUUCCACAAAUUCUGAAAUAAGCUCAUCUGCUGAUAGCUUUAUGGCAAAAUCAAAUAUCACUUUAAAAGUUGAUUAUGGUCCAAUUAAUGAUCAAUUUUUUAAAAAAUUUAAUACUCUAACUUUAAAUGAUAAUAACAACCCCGAUAAUAAUAAUAAUAAUAAUAAUAAUAAUAAUAAUAAUAAUAAUAAUAAUAAUAAUAAUAAUAAUAAUAAUAAUAAUAAUAAUAAUAAUAAUAAUAAUAAUAAUAGUGCUAGUGCUAAUGCUAAUGCUAAUGCUAAUGCUAAUGCUCUAAAUACUUUCUCUAAUAUUUCAGUAGUAUCCUCAAAUAAUACCCCAAAUCAUCACUCACUAGAUCUCCCAGAUACUUUUCCAUCUAUUGAAAUUAAUCAUAAUAAAAGAUAA